AUGAUCAGUUCUUUAGCAGACGCUCAGACAGCGUAUGAAAAGACAGUGGCUUUGCUUUUAAACUCGGCAUAUGCGUUUGUGCAUUUACAGAUUGAAAGUGCAGCAGAGGAGCCAAGAGUGCUGUGUAUAGUGCAGGACACCACCAGUGCCAAGACCAUCAAUGAGAGGCUGACGCUCAACCUGCCCGCCUCCACCCCCGUCAACAAACUCUACGAGGAUGUGGCUCACAAGGCUGGAUAUGUGAACGGCACUUUCUACCUGACCUGGGCUAACACUGGUGCCAUGGCUCCUCUGGACCAGGCCAGUGAGAUGUCCCUGGUGUUGUCCGGUUUUGAGGCGGGGAAAAGGAAUUUCCUGCAGCUUACGGACAAGGACGGGGAGCAGCCUCAGAUCACUUCAGAUGAAUCUGGCACAGCGGACAGCAGUGGUGUUGAUGACAGCUCUCAGGGUCGCUUCAUCGGACCCUUACCGCGGGACGGGACUGUGGGCUGCAGCAGUGACUACAGCAGCCCCAGUUACUCGUACUCCUCCAUACUUAACAAAUCAGAGACAGGUUAUGUUGGUUUGGUCAACCAAGCAAUGACCUGUUACCUGAACAGCCUCCUGCAGACCCUGUUCAUGACCCCUGAGUUCAGGAAUGCACUCUACAAUUGGGAGUUUGAGGAGUCAGAGGAGGAUCCGGUCAUCAGUAUCCCGUACCAGCUCAAGAGGCUGUUUGUGCUUCUGCAGACCAGUAAGAAGCGUGCCAUCGAGACCACAGACGUGACCCGCAGCUUUGGCUGGGACAGCAGUGAGGCCUGGCAGCAGCACGACGUCCAGGAGCUUUGCAGAGUCAUGUUUGAUGCACUAGAGCAGAAGUGGAAACAGACUGAGCAGGCUGACCUGAUCAACCAGCUUUACCAGGGCAAACUGAAGGACUAUGUGCGCUGUUUGGAGUGUGGCUAUGAGAGCUGGAGGAUUGACACGUACUUGGACAUUCCUCUGGUCAUCAGGCCCUUUGGGGCCAGCCAGGCUUUUGGCAGCGUGGAAGAAGCCCUGCAAGCUUUCAUCCAGCCUGAGACUCUUGACGGUCCCAACCAAUACUUCUGUGAGCGCUGCAAAAAGAAAUGUGACGCCCGCAAGGGUCUGAGAUUCCUCCAUUUCCCAUACCUGCUGACUCUGCAGCUGAAACGCUUCGACUUUGAUUACACCACUAUGCACCGCAUUAAACUCAAUGACCGCAUGACCUUCCCAGAGGAGCUGGACAUGAGCCCCUUCAUCGACGUUGAGGAUGAGAAAUCACCUCAGACAGAGAGCUGCACUGACAGUGGGGCGGAGAAUGAAGGAAGCUGCCACAGUGACCAGAUGAGCAAUGAUUUCUCCACGGAUGAUGCUGUGGACGAGGGCAUCUGUCUGGAUAACACCAGCAGCGCAGAGCGGGUGCUCAAACCAAAGAGCUCCUUGACCUUUGAACUCUUCUCAGUCAUGGUGCAUUCUGGGAGUGCUGCAGGUGGGCACUACUACGCCUGCAUUAAGUCCUUCAGUGACAGCCAAUGGUACAGCUUCAAUGACCAGCACGUCAGCAAGAUCACGCAGGAUGACAUCCGGAAGACAUAUGGCGGAUCCUCAGGGAGCAGAGGCUAUUACUCCAGUGCCUUUGCCAGCUCUACAAAUGCAUACAUGCUCAUGUACAGACUAAAAGACCCCUCCAGGAAUGCAAAAUUCCUGGAAGUUGAGGACUUCCCAGAGCACAUAAAGAGACUGGUGCAGCGAGAGAGAGAGUCUGAAGAACAGGAGAAGAGGCAAAGAGAGAUUGAGCGCAACACAUGCAAGAUCAAGCUCUUCUGCAUUCAUCCAGUGAAGAUGAUGAUGACUGAGAAUAAGCUGGAGGUUCACAAGGACAAAACUCUCAGAGAAGCAACAGAAAUGGCAUACAAGCUGAUGGAUCUUGAUGGAGUGGUGCCACUGGACUGCUGUCGAUUGGUGAAAUACGAUGAGUUUCACGAAUAUCUAGAACGUUCGUAUGAAGGGGAGGAAGACAUGCCCAUGGGUCUGCUGCUCGGCGGGGUCAAGUCUUCAUACAUGUUUGACCUACUCCUGGAGAUCCGCAGGCCUGACCAAAUGUUCCAGCCCUACAAACCUGGAGAGGUGAUGGUGAAGGUCCAUGUGGUGGAUCUGAAGAGUGAGUCUAUUGCUGCUCCAGUCAGUGUCAGGGCGUAUCUCAACCAGACUAUUACAGAGUUCAAGCAACUCAUUGCGCAGGCCACGGGGCUUUGUGCGGAGACUAUGCGUGUCGUCUUAGAGCGCUGCUAUAAUGACCUUCGGCUUCUUUAUGUGCCCAACAAGACUCUGAAAGCAGAAGGUUUCUUCAGGAGUAACAAGGUUUUCGUGGAGAGCUCAGACUCAACGGAUCAUCAGGCUGUUUUCACUGACUCUGUUUUGUGGAAGCUCCUGGAUCGGCACGGGAACACAAUCAGACUGUUUGUCUCCUUGCCCGAGCAGUCGCCAGGCUCUUUGGCCAACAGAACUAGUUGCCCCAAAGCUAGCGCUGACUCUGAGGACUCUUUUGAUGGGGCGAAGGGCAGCAGGAAGUCAGUGGAAGCCAUUCUUGAAGAGAGCACAGAGAAGCUAAAGAACCUUUCUUUACAACAGCAACAGCAGCAGCAGCAGCAUCAGCAGCAAUCCUCCAGCACCAGUGACAGUCAGAAGAGCUCAGAACACAGCGACUUCGAGCACAUCGAGUCACCAGCACAGGAGCCGGACGCUGCCUCGCAGCCUUCCCAGACGGAGAACUCCACACGGGCCGCCUCAGACACGGAGAACCAGUUCCCCUCAGAGGAGCGCUCGGACUCAGAUGUCAAUAACGACCGCAGCACCAGCUCGGUGGACAGUGACAUCCUGAGCUCCAGCCACAGCAGCGACACGCUGUGUAACGCGGACAGCGGCCCGCUCCCGCUGGCUAACGGCCUCGACUCGCACAGCAUCACCAGCAGCCGGCGCUCCAAAGCACACGAGGGGAAGAAGGAGACGUGGGACACGGCGGAGGAGGACUCUGGCACGGACAGCGAGUACGAUGAGAACGGCAAGAGCAAAGCUGAAGCCCAGUACCUGUACUUCAAAGCAGAGCCAUACUCUCAGGAGGACGGAUCUGGAGAAGGACAGAAAUGUUUACUUGUCCAUGUUGACAAGAGGAUCACACUGGCAGCGUUCAAACAGAAUCUAGAGCCGUUUGUUGGCGUCCCCUCCACUCAGUUUAAAGUCUUCCGGGUUUAUGCCAACAACCAGGAGUUUGAGAGUGUGCGGCUCAAUGAGACGCUCUCCUCUUUCUCUGAUGACAACAAGAUCACGAUUCGAUUGGGACGUGCACUGAAGAAAGGAGAAUACAGGGUGAAGGUGUACCAGCUGCUAGUCAAUGACCCAGAGCCCUGUAAGUUCCUUUUGGACACUGUGUUCGCUAAAGGCAUGACUGUUCGACAGUCUAAGGAGGAGUUGCUGCCUCAACUCAAAGACCAGUGUAAACUGGACAUCAGUAUAGAUAGGUUUAGACUCAGGAAGAAGACCUGGAAGAACCCAGGCACAGUGUUUCUGGAUUAUCACGUCUAUGAGGAGGACAUCAACAUCUCCAGUAACUGGGAGGUGUUCCUAGAAGUCCUUGAAGAACCGGAGCGCAUGAAGUCCAUGUCCCAGUUAGCGGUUCUGACCCGUCGCUGGUGCCCAGCCCAGAUGAAGCUGGAGGCCUUCCGGGAGGUGGUGCUGGAGAGCAGCAGUGUAGAGGAGCUCAAGGAGAAGCUAAGUGAAUUGAGUGGAAUUCCUCUUGAGAACUUGGAGUUUGCCAAGGGACGAGGAACUUUUCCUUGUGACAUGUCAGUGUUGGAGAUCCAUCAGGAUUUAGAUUGGAAUCCUAAAGUCUCCACCCUCAAUGUCUGGCCACUCUACAUCUGUGAUGAUGGCGCCGUGAUCUUCUACAGGGUCAGCACCGAGGAGCUCAUGGAGCUGUCUGAGGAGGAGCGCAAUGAACUGAUGAAGAAGGAGAGCAGCCGCCUGCUGAAGACGGGCCACCGCGUCAGCUACUCCCCCCGCAAAGAGAAGGCCCUCAAAAUUUACUUAGACGGAGGGCCCACCAAAGACCCUGGACAGGACUGAGAGGGGGAGGAAACUAUCCUUCCCUAUUUUCUAUCUGGCCUGCCAGCUGCAGUGUAGCGCUGCCUCGCCAGCGACCUUGGCAUUUGGGCCCCACGUUGAAUCAACGUCACCAGUGCUGUCCGGCUGACGCUCUCUUCUUUGAGCUCCAGAAUGCAUAGUGUGGCUCAGAGUACUAUUGUGCACCAUAGUUUAUUGUACUGUAAAGUUUAAAGGGAAGUGCAAAAGCUAUUUCAAGUUCAAUAUCAUUCAGAUAAAUCAAUUUAAUAACACAGAGACGGGUGCACUCAUUAGAGGAAAGGGGGGCAGUUUGGGAGAUAUAUUUUAUGGCCCUCUUCAUUUCUUUCGUCUGUUUGCACUCUCAGUGCACCAUCUCCAUUCAUUUUCGUCCCGUCGUUCUGCAUUUGCUGUUUGUCCAUCACUCACUCUCUGAUUUUGAGAUGCGAUCGAACGCAUCGAAUUCUCACAUUCUCGACAUCCAUCAUCCUGAGUCUAUUCAGCACUCGAGCACAGCGCGUAACGUAUCCAGCCACCUCCGAACGCCCGCAGGGGUGACGGCACUACUCAUCUUCCAUUGCGUAGAGCUCUUCGAUCGACACUUUCACUUGAAGUUUUUGGUAUGAUGCUCUCACUUGAAUAUUGGGAUAUCUCUCCUUUUGUUUAUUUAACAUAGUUGUGAAAUUAAAUGCUUCUUUUCUGGCUGAAGAGGUUCUAUUCUUGCAGUUCAUGCUUCUUCUUGUGUGUGGGUGUCGCCCACUGACUGCUGAAGCUCUGCCCACUUUGUAGGGAGCUCCGCCCUCCUCCUCUCACUACACUUCCUACUGGGGCUAGUGACACUGGUACAUAUGAAUUUGCAAGCCUUUAAGAGUAGGGCGAUAUGAAUCAAGUAGUGCGCUUCGUUCACCCAAUUCAUUUUUUUUGUUUUUGUUUUUUCUUGUAAAUUAUUUCACUACAGACUGAUGACGACGUUGGGUCUUGUGAGUGACUUUUAAUGGCACGUGUUUUAAUUU